GUUGGAAUAAAAUAAAAUAGCCUCGCAGCAAGUAUCGAGUACUAUGUACCUAGAGAUAUCAUCUACGUGUACGGAGUAUGUGAAACGAGAUGAUCUUUGUGCCACCAGCACUUGUAGCGUUUACAUUGGAUUCGUUGCCAUCACACCCCAUGUCCGGAGCCCCACCACCCCUUCGUCGCUCGUCCCCUAUUUUUCGACCACAGAUUUCUCGACAAAUUGUUGAUAGAAUAGAGCUACUAUCCCACCCAGUUCUAAUCUACUCUACUCCCUCUCCGUUCAUAAUCUACACAUUCCUUCCUUCCAGUUCAGCAUCAUAUAGAUCUGACCAGCACGCCUUGUCUUGUUUGACUUGGAUAUUCACGAGAGCCACUGUUCUGUCAUCUCUAGAUCAAUCCCUUCUAAACCCCCACUUCUCCAUAGCUACGAAAGUGAGACACCAUGGCUGAUAUCAACGUCGACGUUCUCGUUAUCGGUGCUGGCCCGACCGGUCUCGGUGCUGCCAAGCGCCUGGACCAGAUUGACGGCCCUUCUUGGUUGCUCGUAGACUCCAACGACAAGGCCGGUGGUCUUGCCUCCACAGAUGUUACCCCUGAGGGUUUCCUCUACGAUGUCGGUGGCCACGUUAUCUUCUCCCACUACAAGUACUUCGACGACUGCAUCAACGAGGCCCUUCCCAAGGACGAUGACUGGUUCGAGCACCAGCGUGUCUCUUAUGUCCGCUACAAGGGCCUUUGGGUUCCUUACCCCUUCCAGAACAACCUUUCCGUCCUGCCCAAGGAUGACCAAGUUACCUGCUUGGAAGGUCUGAUCGAUGCCGCUGUCGAGCACCGCGUUUCCAACACCAAGGCCAAGAACUUUGAUGAGUGGAUUCUGCGUCAGAUGGGUGAGGGUAUUGCCAACAUCUUCAUGAGACCCUACAACUACAAGGUCUGGGCUGUCCCGACCACCGACAUGCAAGCUGAGUGGCUCGGUGAGCGUGUUGCCGCUCCUAACUUGAAGCUUGUUACCAAGAAUGUUGUCCUGAACAAGGUUGCUGGCAACUGGGGCCCCAACGCUACUUUCCGCUUCCCUGCCCGUGACGGAACUGGUGGCAUUUGGAUUGCCGUCGCCAACACUCUCCCCAAGGAGAAGGUUAUCCUUGGCAAGUCUGGUUCCGUGACCAAGGUUGACGCCCAGAAGAAGAUCGUCACCCUGGGUGAUGGCAAGACCGUCAAGUACGACAAGCUCGUCUCCACCAUGGCUGUCGACUCUCUGGUCGAGUCCAUUGGCAACCCAGAGCUCGUCAACCUCAGCAAGGGUCUCUACUACUCCUCCACCCACGUCAUUGGUGUCGGUCUGCGAGGCGAGCGCCCCGAGCGCAUCGGCGACAAGUGCUGGUUGUACUUCCCCGAGGACAACGCUCCUUUCUACCGUGCCACCAUCUUCUCCAACUACUCUCCCUACAACCAGCCCCAAGACGAUGUCAAGCUUGCCACCCAGCAACUGGGUGAUGGCAGCAAGCCCCAGAGCACCGAGGCCAAGUCGGGUCCUUACUGGUCUAUCAUGCUUGAGGUCUCACAGUCUACCAAGAAGCCCGUCGAUGAAGCCAACCUUCUCAAGGACUGUAUUCAGGGUCUGAUUAACACCGAGAUGAUCAAGCCUGAGGACGAGAUUGUCUCAACCUACCACCGCAAGUUUGACCACGGUUACCCCACUCCCGCCCUUGAGCGUGAGGGUGUCCUGAAGGAGCUGCUCCCCAAGCUCCAGGACCUGGACAUCUGGUCUCGUGGCCGUUUCGGUAGCUGGAGAUACGAAGUUGGUAACCAGGAUCACUCCUUCAUGUUGGGUGUUGAGGCUGCCGACAACAUUGUCAACGGUGCUGUCGAGCUGACGCUCAACUACCCCGACUUUGUCAACAGCCGCAAGAACGAGGAGCGCCGCUUGAACCAGAACCAGUUUGCUUCUGCCAAGAAGGCGGUUGGUACUACUGCCACCCAGAUUCCCUCGAGGUAACGCGCUGGCUUUGAGAACGGCAUCCCUCAAGGCUCAAGAAAGGGCAACAUGGGGAGAAGUGGGUGAGUGGAGGAGGAAGAAGAAGAAGAAGAAGAAGACGAAGAAGAAAAGUGCGUUUUUAGAAAUUUCAUGACGGGCCUCGUUUCAGCUAGAGCAGCUAGAGGGAUUUGAUGAAGGUAUUGAUGUUUUAUGAGCGUCAAAAAUGUGACGGGAUGAUGGUAUAUCUUAAUAGUCCUGGUGCUGGGAAAGCAUGCACAAUUCUCGUGUCUGAUAAGAUAUAGACGUUUGAGAUGAUAGAAUAUAGAAACAUUACACU